AUGGGCUGUUGUCACAGCACGGACCAGUUCCUGACCGAGGAAGAAAAACGCGCUAGAGACACCAAGUCCGCCGCCUCUGGCGCAGCGUCGGCCACUCCGACGCCAAACCGCGCUGCGGCAGCAACUACCGGCGGAGCGCCUUCCUCAGCCGCGGCCGCUGCAGCAGCCGCUGCGGCAGCAGCGACAGCCGUAGCGCCAAACGGAGGAGCGCGCGAGAAGGCCGAAGAGGCGGAGCAGGGACAGGAACAAGGACAGGAGCAAGGUCGAGAGCGAGAGAAUGAGCAGCUCGUCACGGGGGAGACGUCAGUGGUGGUAGCACCUAAGAGUAGCGAUGUGGGACUGGCUGCCGUCGUCAGCCUUGCUGCGGAGAGUGAUGCCGCAGAGGAUCGGAAGAAGGCCGUGGGUGAAGGGUCUAAGAGCCCCGACCAAGGCUCGAAGGACGUCGAGGAGGGAGUUAAAGACGAAGGGGGCUCUAAAGAUGGUGAUGGUGGGACGGCGAGCAGCACACCUAGAGAUGACUCCUCCGAGCAAUCGGUAAGAGUGGAUUGGGCAGGGUUGGGUGGGGUGGUUGACAAAGACUGCCAUGAGGACGCGUCGGGAUUGGAUGCGGGGUUGAGCCUCACGCGGCAGAAGAGGUCUCUCGGCAAGACCAAGAGCUCGAAGAAGGGCAGCGGGAAGGAGAAGAAAGCGGGGAAGGAGGACGCGAAGAGCAAGGACAAGGACUCGAGCAAGGGCAAGCAGGAGAAGCCGUCUAAGGGGUCUGGCAAAGAGAAAGAGAGCAAAGCGAAGAAAGAGAAGGAGGGCAAGGGGGGCAGUAGCAGCAAAGGAGACGAGGCGGAGAACGACGGGAGCAACAGCAGCAGCGUUCCCGUUGCGACAACUGGAAGCAGUUCAAUGGGCGGGGCGGAGGAAGGAGCGCUUGGCGGAAAGGACGCCGCUGCAGACCAGGCUCCGGGCGAUUCCGCUUCCGCCUCCGCCUCCGCAUCCGCAGUUCCCGCCGUCGCCGUCGCUGCCGCCACCGUUGGCGCUGCCGCCGCCGUUGCCGAACCCCCCGCGGCCGCGGAGGAAGUCACAGGAGCUGGGGGGAGAGCGUCCGGUGCCACGUCAUCACCGAUCUCCCACGCCGGGCUCCACGUAGACACCGCCAUCGCGUCUGUCGUGGAGGAUUUUUUCAACGACGACCCGCUCAGCGCCACCGGCGGCGGCCCCAGCGGCCUUUUCGGCGGAAGCGCUGACGUGGUCACUCCGCGGGGGGAAGCGGAGGUGGAUGGGGGGAAAACGACCGCGGAGAGCGGGGAGAAGGGCGCGGCCCAGCAGAAGGCGGGGCUGGCGGAGAAGAUCCGCGCAGGGGGGCGGGGGAUGCUGCGGUCGGUGUCUGCGGUCGCGGCGUCCCCGCGCGGGGGGAAGGGCGCAGCUGCGGGGACGCGGGGCGCGGACAUUCCGGAGGUGAGUCCGCGGGACCGCGGGUGGGGCUUGGGGUUCGCGCGUGCGAAGUCUUUCUCUACAGGCGAGGGGAAGAAGGGGAAGGGGAAGGAAGGGAAGAGCAAAAGCGCGGAGCCGGGCGGAGAUGCGGAGGCGGAGUCGGAUGUUUCCGAUGCGCAGACUGCAAUGGGCGCGCUGAAACGUGUGGAAGAGGGGGAAGAGGCGGAGAGCGCGGAAGGUGGGGGGAAGGGGGGAGAGGUUGUCCGCGCGGAUGGCGGGGGAAAGGAGGAGGGAGGGGGGAAUGAGGAGAGGGUUGUGGUGGCGGAUGCGGGGGGUUCAGUUGGCGGAGAGAAAGCGGAGGAAGUGGGGAAGAAGGGGGAGGAGGUGAUGGAGGGAGCGGCGGCAGUAAAGAAAAUGAAGAAGGGGAAGAAGAGCAAGGGUAGUGCAAGGGCUGCUUACUAUGGGAGUGAUGAAGAGGACGAGGAGGACGAGGAGGAGGAGGUGGAGGAGGAAGGCAAGGAUGAGGAGGUGAAAGAAACGGUAGGAGUCGAGGAGGAUAGUUCCGAGGAGGAAGAAAAGAAGGCUGCAGAGGAUGAUGAGGAUACGGAGGACGAGGAGGAGGAGACAGAGGAGAAGAUGGAGGACGAGAAGGAACUAGAGGGGAGGAGCAGUGGAGUAAGAGCAAAGGAGGAGGCAGGGGAGGAAGAGGAGGGAAAGGAGCGAAAGGAGGAGGGCAAGGAUGAAACUGAAGAAGAGGAAGAGAAGGAGGAGGAGGAAGAGGUGGACGGGGACGAGGAGGAGGCUGCGUUUGAGCUGAUGCCGAGCGGGCAGAGAGCAGCAGCAGCCGCCGCGGCAGCAGCAGGAGCAGCAGGGGCGGCGCGGAGAGGGGCGAAAGGCGGAGGGCGGAUGAUGAUGGGCGAAUCAGAAGCAGCAUCAGCCGCUGUCCUAGGCACGGAGACAGGGCAGCAUAUGGAGUCACUCCGCAAGUCAGCGGCCGCUAUAGUGGAAGUGGAAGGCGGGGGGGACGAGGUUGAAGCGGCGCUGCUCGCGGUUACCCCCUCCACGCGGGAAGAGCUCGCCGCCAUGAGCCGCAUCGCGCCCGCGCUCGCCGCGGAAGCCGCCAAGCUGAUGCGCAUGGGGGAAACGAUUUCCGCGACGAUGCAGGCGCGCGGGCGCGCGCGCGAGCCGCUGCAAGACGCGGACGUGCUGGCGAGCCGCGAGCUCGCGGUGGCGGCGGCGGCGUUCGUGGAGCGCGCGAGCAGGGCGGGAACGGGGGACGGCGCGGGGCUUGCGGGAUGCGCGGUCGUCGAUACGGUGGUCAUGGGCGUGGUGGCGGGGCUGGCGGAACAAGCCGCGGCGUACGCGAUGGCGGUGCUGAUGGCGCACGCGGGCGCGCGCAAGGUGCAGGAGGGCGCGGACGUGGUAAUCAUGGCGGAGAGCACCGUCGAUCUCGCUACCGCCGUCGUGCGCAUCUUCGAAGCAAUGGCGCCUGGGGCUCGCGACGGGUCCGCGGGAGGGGGAGGGGGAGGCGGCGGGGGCGCGGGAGCGGGGGGUGGCGGCGGGGCGGGCGCCGGGAGGGGGUUCGGGCCUGUGCCGUCCGCGAAGCUGGCGGAACUAGCCAUGGGGCAUUCGCGCGCGCUGCACGCCAACAUGCUGAAGCAGGCGUAUCUGAAAGCGGCGGCGCUGGGGAAGCAACUAGACACAGACGUCCUUGAGUUCGGUCCCCGCACCAUCCACUUCUUCUCCUCGCACUUCCGCCUCGCCAAAGACGCCACGGACAUGGCGGCGGCCGCCACGGCCUCGGUCGCCGCGCAGGCAAAUGCCGCCGCUGGCGGCGACGGUGCGGGUGGUGGUGCAGGCGGCGCUGGCGCAGGAGGCGGAGCUGCUGCUGCUGCCGCCGCGCCGUCUGGCGGGAUUACGGCGGCUGACGUGGCGGAGAUCGAGGAGAUUAAGCGGCGGUCGCAGGCGCACGCGGAUCGCGUGUGUGAGACGGCGGGGGAGGUGGACAACGGGAUUCUGUUGGAGGGAGCGGAGCUUGCUACUAUAGUCGCCGCGCUCUCGCGCCGCCAGCAGGAGGAGCAGGUGGGCGGGAAGAAGGGUCCCGUCGCGAGCGCGGUGGGGGAGGGCGCGGCGCGGCUCAUCCGCAACGCGGCGGUGAUGCUGGCGUCGCUGGCGGACCGCCUGCAGCGCGGCGGCGGCGGCGUGAACCGCGGGAUUGUGGCGGAAGCGGCGUGCGUGCGCGCGCUGGCGUGCGCGUAUACCAAGCUGCUGAUCCUCGUCGUACGGAGCAGCGCGGCCGUGGGGCAGCGGGGCGGAGGAGGGGUGGCGGAAAACAGCGCGGAAGGCGGGGCAGGGGGAGCUCCGCCGCCCCUGAGCUGGCGGAGCUUCCCCGGGCUGAUCAUGGACCCCUCCGCCGUUUCCGCGUAUGCUAAGCUGAGCGGAAUCGCCGCCGCGUUUUCCGCCAAGGUCGCAGCUGCAGGCGCGGCGGGGGGGCUGGAUGGCCUCGGCGGUGGCAACACCAGCGGUGGCGGAAUGGGAGGCGCGGCGGGAGGCGGGAAGGCGGGAGUUGGUAAGGUAACGGAAGGACUGGUGUGCGAUGCGGCUGUGCUGGUCAUGACGGCGUGCAGCAACGCCAAGCUGUCUCUCUCCGCGGAUGGCGGCGCUGCUGGCGGGGGGGGCAUCGGCAUGGGAGGCGGAGGCGGAGCGGGGGCGGGGGGCGCGUUCCCCAUGGAGGUACUGGAUGAAGGGGCGGAACUCGCGAGUAAAGCCAAGGCGUACGUUGCUAGUCUACAGCAGCGGCUCAGAGCAGCAGCAGGGGGAGGCGGAGGAGCAGGGGGGGGCGGGGGGAGCGGGGAGAACAGGGAGGGGGCGUGGGACGCGAAGCUGGUAACGGAAUGCCUGCGCGUGUCUGUCUUGGCGGGCGCGCACGCGCGGCAAGUGGUGGAACGCGCGCGCCAGAUCAUGUCCUCGGGCGCGGGCCCCGCGGCCGUCGCCGCGUCCGCCGCGUCCCUCCGCGCAGCGCAGCUGGCGGAGCGCACGGCGCAGCACGGGCGAAUGGUGCUGCACAAGUGGACGGAGGACUGCGCGGUGGACGCCAAAGCGGAAGAAAGCGCGCGCGCGCUCGCCGCGCUGGCGGACGCGCAUCUCUCCGCGCUCCAGUCCUCCGCGGGGGAACAACCCGAGGUCCCGUUCUUCCUAGCCGUCCGAUCCGUAGCCGUAGCGGAAGAGGUAUCCGUUCUCGUACAAUCCCUCGCGCAGCAGCGCGUCAACGGCACCAGCAUAGGCCUGUCUCUCGUGAACGGCGUCGUCCGCGUCGUGGGCUCUAUCGCGCAGCACGUGAUCGAUCUACAAUCCGCCAACGCCACCGUGCGCUCGCUCGUCGGGUGGGACGCGGCGGUCGUGGCGGAAGAAGCGGGGAAGCUGGCCUGGCAGCUCGCGACGCAGGCGGCAGCGGGGGAUCCGGUGUCGGAGACGCUUUUAGUCGACGCCGCGGGGUUGCUGUACCGCGCCGUGACGUACGCGCGAUCCGUGCAGUCGAUGGCGCAGCAGGGGAACUACUCCGACCCGUGCUUGGUGCUCGAGGCGGUGGAGUGCGCGGAUCAGGCGCAGCGCAGCGCAGAAGCCGUCGCGCGCGCGCACGACCGCAACGUGGUGGUCAACACGGAUCUCACCGCGUCCGCGUCGCGGCUCUCCUCCGCGCUCGCGACGCACGCGUCGCGCCUGCGCCACGACGCGGCGUCCGUGGGCCCCUUCGCGGUGGUCGCGGCGGGCGCCGUCGCGGGGGACGUCGCGGCGCUGGAGAUGAACCUCCGCGCGCGCCUCGCGGAGCGCGGGAAGGCGGACAAGGCGCUCGCGGUGGCCGCGGCGCGCGUCGCGUCGCGAGUCGGGUCGCACGUGCAGGUGCUGGGCGCGGGGGUGCCAGGCGCGGACCCCGCGCUAGCUGCAGCAGCAGUGGCACUAGCGAGUCAGGUAGCUAAACACUUGCAGGUGCUGGCGAGCAAAGCAGCAGCAGAGGGAUUAGUAGAUGAGGAGGUGGAAAACGCAGCGUCGCAUCUGAAUACCAUGGCUGGGGGGCAUAGAGUGGCGUUACAGGCUGAGAGCUGGUUUGCAGGGCAGGUGGAGGAAGGGAGGGAGGACGAGGAGGGGGAAGGGGAGAAGGACGGGGAGGAUGGAGUGGAGGCUGCGGCAGGUGGGGCUGUUGCUGCUUUGAUCGCUGCUAUUACAAAAGGCCACCACACUCCCGACGACGGCAACAACAACGAUACCAACACCACCUCCACCGCCUCCACGGCUGCUGCUGUGACCAACGGUGUGCUAGCCAUCACUCGAAUGACCUCGUCCGUCCGAGUGUCCAAGCUGGCAGAAGCAGCGGGGCAGCACGCGCAGGAGCUCUGGGACAGAUGCACCAGCAGCACGGCGGUCGACAGCGAUGUGCUCGCAGGCGGAGCGAGCCUCCUCGUCCUCGCCGCCGGCCACGCGCACGCGCUGCAAGUCCAAGCCACGCGCUGCGGCUGGGCCGACCCUGCUUCGGUCGCCGAGGCUCGGGAGCUGGGGGAGAUGCUCGUGGCGCACGUGCGCGCGCUCGCCGCGAGGAAAACCGAGGGGAUCGGCGUGGACGCCGCUGUGCUGGCCGAGGCGGUGCGAGUUACUGCAGGGGCGGUGGGGCACGCGCGCCGGCUGCAGUUCCAGGAGGCUUCGGUCGGGUUCGGGUCGGUGGGGGAUGCGGUGGGGCUGGCAAAGCAGAUCGCAGGGCAUCUGCAGAUGCUGGCGGGGAAGGCGGCGGUGGGAGCGACGGCAGAUGCUACCUUGGUGGGGAAUGUGGAGAUGUAUGCUGGGCUGGUGGAGGGGCAUGUGCGGGGGCUGCUCACUCGAUGCAGGAAGACCUGGGGUGUGGGGCCGGCGGCUCUGGCAGCAGCAGGCGGAGCAGCAGUAGGAGGGACGGGAGGUGGAGGAGGAGGGGGAGUGGCUGGUGCGAUGGACGAUUCGGGUCUCGCGCUGAUCUCCGUGCAAGUGGCGGUGCAUGCAGCCUUCUACGGCAGUCUCCUGCAGUUCCAAGCCGCCGCCAAGGCGAAGGUAACCCGCGAGGUCCUCGCAGUCGCGCAGGCGUUACUGGAGGCGGUAACCGCGUUACGCCAGGGGCUGGUCCCCCGCGUGGAGGCCGGGAGCGUCUUUGACGACGACUGCGUUACGCGAGCCGAGGAGCUCGAAGCACAGGCGAAGAUGCACGCGCCCGGCGCUGCUGCCGGCGCAGGAGGAGCAGGCCGCAGCGCUGCUGGCGGCGGCGGGGGCCGUGGCGCCGGCGGGGGAGUGGGAGGAGCGCUGCUCGCUCUCGGCCGAGAAGCCACCGUAAAGGUCGCAGCUGACGGGGCCCGUCUCGGGGCGAAAGCGGCGUCUCUGGCGUCGCGGCUGGUCACGAGAACGAUCGCGUCUGCGGCGUUCCCUGCGGACGCCGGGGUGGAGGCGCAACGAGUGGCUGAGCUCGCGCUGAGCCAGGCGGACCUGCUGAAAUCUGUAGCGCGGAACAACGCGCACAUCGACGCGUCGACGGCUGUAGCGGCGUUUCGGGUGGCCGUACAGGCGUUUCGGCUGGGGAAGCGGAUGCGGGAGCACGGGGGGGAGGAGCGGACGGUGGUGUUCAAAGCAGAGAUGGUUGCAGAAGGGCUACAAGUCGCAGAGGAGGUGGUGAAGCUGGCCGGAGAUCUGUCGAUCCUAGCCAUUGAUCAGCCGGAGCUCGCCUCCUCGCACGUUGUCACGUACGCGAAUGUCACGGCCCGAGUGGCAGGGCACGCUCGCAUAGUCGACGGGCAGCGGUCCUCCGCUGCUACUGCAGCCGCAGCAGCAGCAUCGGCAGCAGCAGUGCAGAACCCGCAAUCGGGUGUCCCUGGUAUGGGGAUUCUGUCGCCUGUCGGGCCGCCAAGCGUGUCUGGGAUCCCCCCUGCUUCGCCCAGAGGAGGCAGGCUGUUCGGAGGAGGAGAGCGGGGAAGUCUCAGCAGUACUGCUGCGGCUGCAGCGGCUGCUGCUGGUGCCGGCGCAGCAGCAGCUGCAGCAGGUUCGGCAGCCACAGCAGUGGCAGCAUCAGCAGCGGCAUCAGCAGGGGUACACGCCGAGCUCUCCUGCUCCGUUGCCCGUCUCUUGGUAGACGCGUCAGUGGAGCUCGCAGCGGCUGUAGCAGGGAAGGAGGCCAAGAAAACCGUAGACGCUCCGGCUGUAGCGCGAUCGGCACAACUAGCGGCACGAGCAGCAGACCACGUGCUAGCUCUGGUCAGCUGGGCGUCGCCUGCAGGCGAGGUUCCCCCAGAUCUCAUCGCACGUGCAUCUGUGCUGCUAGAGGUUUCCUCCGCGCACACACAGUCUCUUGCAGAGAAGGCAGUAGCAGGAACUAGGGUCGACGCUGGGUGCGUGACGACAGGAGCGCUGCUCACAGCCGACGCGGCUGCUCAUGUAGACGCGCUGCGAUCGGCGCCGAGAGUUCUCCCAGCAGAGGUGUUUUCAGAUGCGGAUGCGCUAGCAGAGGCUUCUAACAUGCAUGUGGAUAUCCUCGCGUCUAAGGCCGCGUCGGGCAUGGGCAGUAUUGACACCUUAACUGUCUCUGCAUCCGCCGCUCUUGUCGCCUCUGCCGCUGUGCACACCUCCCGGCUCCAAACCCUCGCCGUAACAGCUGUGGCUGCCACCACUGCGACUCCAAUCCCGGCCGCGUUGCUCGAAUCCGCGGAGAAUCUAGUGGAGGAUGUGGAGGUGCAUGUGGAGUCGCUCAUGUCUCUCGCCGCAGCACCGGGUACAGCAGCCGGUGGUGGUGGGGACGGAGAGGAGGGAGCAGCGGCAGGAUCGCCGACGGCAGAUGCAGAGACAGCAGCAGAGGCGUCGAGUCUGGCGUGUGUGGUGAUGGGGCAUGCCAGGCAGCUGUAUCUGCUGCUGCCGCAGCUGGGCCUGCCUGCUGUGUGUGCGGGCGUGGCUCUGGCGAGAGACGCUGCAGCGCAUGCGGAGGUGAUUGCGAGGAAGGUGGCGGAUGGGGAAGCGGUGACGGCUGCUGCGGUGCGAUCAGCGGAAAGGCUUCAAGCGGGGAUGAAGCAGCACCUUAAGGUGCUGAAGGAAAGGCAAGAGGCUGCUGCUGCUGCUGGCGCCGGCGCUGCCGCUGCGGCUGCUGCUGCAGGGAGAGGAAACAGGGACGCUUAUCUUGAGAAUGACGAGGAGGAUGAUAAUGAUGAGGAUGAUUAUGAUGGGGAUGGGUUGGCUGCUAAGAAGAAGGCGCAGAAGAAGCAGCAGAAGAAGGCGGGUGCGGCAGGGCACUCGCAAGCAGCAGCAGCGGGAGCGGUGAUGAGCGGUGCAGUGCUCGCAGGGCUGGUGCUGUCACACGCACUGCUGACCGAAGCCAAGGCAGCAGCAGGCGAGAGAAUGGACACCAUCAUGCUCCUGCGGAUCACCACCAGCCUCUCUGAUGCCUCUUCUGCGCAUCUCCAGGCGCUAGCGCUUGCCUCGGCAGCAUCAGGCGCCGGCCUUUUCAAGACCAUGACAGGUGGCGGCUCGCAAUUGGCCAAGAAGAUCUCCACCCAUGUGGACGCCCUGCGAGGGAGGGCCUCGGCCGGCGGACGCAUCGACUCUGGGCUGACAGCUGUCGCGCUGCGAUUGGCCGUGGAUGCGGUGGUGCAUGCGGCAAGCCUGGAGGCUACAGUGUUCCAGGGUGGGUUGAUGGAAGGGGGGGGAGGUGCGGCGGCGGCCGGUGGGAGUGCAAGGAACUUUGUAUCUGCACAGUCUCUCAAAGAGGCAAGGUUGAAAGCGGCAGGGACGGCAGGAGGUGCUGGUGGGAAGGGGAAAGGAGAUAGUGGGUUCAAGGUGGAUGGGUUGCAGGCGCAUGUGAAAAUGGUGGAAUCCCGUGUGUCGGAUGCCAUGCCUGUGGAUCUGAGGCUGCUUUCGAGCGGCACGUCUCUGUUUGCGUCGUUGCUUUCUCACGCACGCCAGCUUACGGUGCAUUGCGCCGUGGUUAUGGGGAGUCAUGGAGGGAGUUCCGGUAAUCGUGGAUCUGUUGCAGGGGGUGGUGGGUUCUAA